AAAAGAAUCUAAUCUCGAGUUCUCUUUGGCUUCUAAUGAGCCCAACAAAUCAAAGCUUGUGUGUUGCUUUAAUCGCAUCUGAUCAAAUCACUAGCUGUCGUGCUCCAUUCAAAUGUGCACCUAAAUUAGCUUGCAUCCUUCUUGUGGAUGAUUGAGUAACUACCUCAAUCUCAUAGCAACACUGAGAUGGAUAGAGGUUAUGUGUUGGUUUGUGUGAUCUCAAAAGGCACUUCCAAUUAUUAAUCAAGAAGGGGUAGAAGUUAAUCAAAGGGUAGGUGUUUUUUAUUCUUAUAUCUUUUUGGUAGGAUUUUAGGUUUGAUAUUCUCCCUAAUUCAGGGAUAUUCUUUUUGCUUCAUUUCUCUUCUUCUCUCUAGAUCAAAGAUUCCCUUUUCUUCCAUUAAAGUUCCCUUAUAUUC